AUGUGGAGCAAUUGUCGAGACUUUGCGACACAGACGUACUAUCAUGCGAGAGAUCUAACAAGAAACCCAGAUGCAAGCCAGAUAGGUGUCUUUCUCAUCCCUUUCUACAAAGUGUACUAUCAUCCACAAUACCAGGCACUGCACUGGUGGAAAGAUGUUGUUCCCAACUAUCGGCAAAUAUCCAAUGAGGAAAUAAACACAAUUGCCCCUGGAUUAAGAGAUGGCUACACGUUUACCUCAGUGAUAACAGACUGUUCUCGAUAUCUGCCGUAUCUAAAAGAAAGAUUGAUUCGAGCUGGGGGAAGAAUAUCACAGCGGAAAAUAUCAUCUUUGCAUCAGUUAACGGGCCAAUAUGAUGUAGUUGUCAACUGUUCAGGACGUGGUGCAAAGGAUUUGGUCUCAGAUGUUCAUAUGACUUCAAACCGCGCUCAAGUUGUUCAGGUAGAAGCACCGUGGAUUCAUUAUGCACUAGAAGUAGAACCUGCUCACGGAACAGACAAAUAUAGAUUCUAUGUCAUACCACGUUGUAAUGAGGUUAUCCUCGGAGGAACUCAGUAUAACGCUCCUGGAACUGAUGUUAGUCUGGAAGAUAAAGACGCCAUUUUAACUAAUACAGCCUCCUUCGUUCCUAGUCUAAAGAGAGCAAAAUUCAAGAGAGACUGGGUGGGAGUACGUCCAAACAGAUCAACUGGAUUGAGGUUAGAGAAAGAAACCAUCACAAGUGGAUCGAAACAGUUACAAGUACGUAAGAUAACUUAUUAUUGUUAGGCCCUUUCACAUAACAUCCCUUAAUGGUGCAAUCUAAUAAUGAAGUAAGCGUAGGCUAUAUUCGGUCUAGUUUGACUUUGUAAUUCGGUCUUCAACCUGCCUGUAAAUGUAUCUAGUAUCAUUUAGGAUAAUAGAGCAAUUAGCCAUUUCAAUUUUGUUUUACAAUUCUUUGGCCAGAUACAGAGAAAAAUCAGUAGAGGGCAGUAUACACUGCGUCCCACAAAAAAAAACGAAACCGAGAUUUAUCAAUCGACAAACUUAGAUUAUUUCUCAUUCACGCAUGACUUAGCAAAAUCAAUUUGAAGAGAGGAUAACAAAAAGUCACUUGGCGGGCUGUAUCUGGGUUUCAAAAAGGAAACCAUAUUUUUGAAAAGUUCAACAUCUGCUCUUUAAUUUGAUACUUCAAUUACAGAAAAUGGCCAAGAAAUAACAAAUUUCUUGUUAUUUUGAAAUAAGGCUUGAAUUUCAAUAAUUUCAUAAAAUGAAGAGGUUUUACAGGCUAGCGUUCAGCUCACUCGACACUCUGUUGACGAUCAGCCAUGCAUUAAGUCUUUCGUUAACCGUGCGAUAGCUUCUGUGGGAAACCGGUAAAACACUCCAAGUUUAAUGAAAUUAUGGAAAUACAAGCAUUGUGUCGAGGGAACAGAACUUUUUUACUUGGCCAUUAUUUGCAGAUGACACAAGUGUUUUCCUAUCACACCGUGAUAUUGAUAUCUUAGAAAACACCAUUAAUGUCGAACUUCCGGAACUAUCUAAUUGGUUUCAAGGUAAUAUGUUAUCACUGAAUGUUAAAAAGAUUAAUCGUAUACAGUUACACUUUAAAGGCAGAAAGUCAUGUGCUGAUCAUGAUUUAAGAUUGAAACUUGACAAUGCUUUGUUUGAAAGAAAGACGUCUACGAGGUUCCUUGGGGUCUACAUCAAUGAUCAACUUAACUGGAAUGAUCACAUGAAACGCAUCAGUAAACCAAUUUAGGUAUACUGUAUAAAGUUAAGUACCUUGUACAUGUACCUUAUAAAAUACUUUACAAGUUGCAUAGGCGGAUCCAGGGGGGGGGCCGAGGGGCCCGGGCCCCCCUAUUGGCGGAGG